AUGGUUUCUUUAAAUAUCGAUUCAAUUGGUAUCAUUGGUGCUGGUCCAGGUGGGUUAGCAUCUCUUUAUGAAUUCUUACAUACAAACAAAGAUGGUACUUCUACUGUAGGUACAGGAGAAAGAGCUAAAACGCCCGCCUUUUCCAAGAUUGUUGCUUUUGAACAAAAAGAUCAUGCUGGUGGGAUUUGGGCACCUGCUACUCCCGAUGCCGAUUUACCUAUUCCACCACAAGAAAUUUUAAACACUGGGAAAGUCAAUGAUCCUGCUUAUAUUAGACCAAGGAAUGAACCACCACAAGAAAUCAAUGGUGCCACUAAAGAGACACCCGUAGUUGUUAAAACUAAAGAUAAUUUACAAAAUGAAUUGGAAUGGAAAAGAAGUGGAGUUUAUCCAUAUUUAUCAACUAACAUUCCUAGUAGAUUUACUAGAUUUAGUUAUUUACCCGAUGAAGAAAAAUAUCAUGAUAAAUCAAGACCAAUUUAUCCAUUCUUAUAUCAUCAAGAAUUAUCACAACGUUUCACUGAUUUUGUUGAUAAAGAAAAAUUACAUGAAUUUAUUAGAUUAAAUACAACUGUUGAAGAUGUGCAAAAAAAUGAAGAGACCGGGAAAUGGAUCAUUAGUGUAAGACAUAAGAAUCCAACUACUGGUGCCAAUGAAUGGUAUCAAGAAGAAUUUGAUGCCAUUGUUGUUGCAAAUGGACAUUAUACAAUUCCUUCAAUUCCAGCAUUCCCUGGAUUAGCUGAGUUUAAUGCCAAUUAUCCUGACGUUUUGAUCCAUGCCAAAUCAAUUCGUGAAUUGGAUGAAUAUAAAGAUAAAGAUGUGUUAUUUGUUGGUGGAUCAAUUUCUACAGCAAAUAUUAUUCAAUAUGUCAUUCCUAUUGCCAAAUCAGUAACUGUUUCCAAACGUAGUAAGAAUUUAGUGUUUGAAUACAUAAAUCAAGCAUUGGUGACUCCAGAAAUUGGCCAAAGAGGAGAAAUCUCAAAGUUGGACCCUACAACUGGAGAAGUUCAUUUUGUUGAUGGUGAUAGUAAAAAAUUUGACAAGAUUAUUUUAACUACUGGCUAUCAUUAUCAUUAUCCCUUUUUGUCCAAAUAUUUUGAAGUGGUUAAUCCAAGUCAUUUAUCUCGUGUCAAAGGAUUAUAUUAUCAUACUUUUAAUCAACAAGAUCCAACUAUUGGUGCCACUGGUAUUCUUGUGUCUCAUUUGAAUUUCCAUACUAUUGAAGCUAGUGCAGCUGCAUUAGCUGGAGUUUGGUCAGGUGCUAAAGAAUUACCAACAUUAAAAGAACAACAAGAAUGGGAAAAACAAGAAGUUGAAGCCAAAGGUGAUUCAUUAUUUUUCCAUUUCUUGGAUCAUCAUAAUGCUCAAGAACAUUUUGUUGAUAAAUUAUAUCAGUUUGCACCUAAAGAUAGAUACAAUCCGUUAGAAAAAGAAGGUCCUUUAGUCAAUGAAGUUGAUGAUGGGGUUGAUAAAUUAGAAAAAUUGUUCUAUGAUAUCAAGGAUAAAAAACUUGAUGUUAAUGAUGUUCUGUUGCCAUCUUUGGAAAAACUUUCAAUUGAACUGAAAGCUUAG